GUUCAAGAGAGAAAGUGCUCACAGGUUUAGGCAUUUGGAGUUCAGCUGUUGAACAUUUGCUCAUAGUGUAGCCUGUGUAGCCUACUAGGUUAGAAUUCAGGUCUGGCUAAGGUCAAUUCCAUUGCUUUCCCAGCCAUGUAUAACUCAUCUGCCAGGUCCCUGGAUGUGGAUCUGUUCCACCUUGACCAAGGUCAGAGAGUGCAGACUAUUCCUGCUCCUUCAACAUUAUGACAGGAGGUUUGAUCCAUCCAGGGAGUGACUGCCUGCAGGAAGCUCGGCCUAAGGUGCAUUGUACAAGUGUAGCAGGAAAAUGAGAAAGAAGCUUACUGCGGGCACCAAAGUAAAAGAGCAAAGAUAUACAUUGUUGGAAGACCUAGCCUGAGGUAGACUGAACCAAGGGUGGUUUCAGGUGGAAGCUGUAUCCACGGAUGCUCCGGAAUGUUGCUGAUAUCGACCUGUCGACUUCUGUUUUAGGACAGAGGGUCAGCAUGCCAAUAUGUGUCGGGGCGACUGCCAUGCAGUGCAUGGCUCAUGUGGAUGGGGAGCUGGCCACUGUCAGAGCCUGUCAGACCAUGGGAACAGGCAUGAUGCUGAGUUCCUGGGCCACCUCCUCAAUAGAAGAAGUGGCAGAGGCCGGCCCUGAGGCACUUCGUUGGAUGCAACUGUACAUCUACAAAGACCGUGAGGUCAGCAGGCAGCUAGUGAAGCGAGCUGAGCAGAUGGGUUACAAGGCAAUAUUUGUAACUGUGGACACCCCUUACCUGGGCAACCGCUUCGAUGAUGUGCGUAACAGAUUCAAGCUGCCGCCACAACUCAGGAUGAAGAACUUCGAAACCAAUGAUUUGGCAUUUUCUCCUAAAAGGAAUUAUGGAGACAAUAGUGGACUUGCUGAAUAUGUGGUACAAGCCAUAGACCCAUCUCUCAGCUGGGAUGACAUUAAAUGGCUCAGACGAUUGACAUCGCUGCCUAUUGUUGUAAAGGGCAUUUUGAGAGGCGACGAUGCUAGAGAAGCUGUGAAGCAUGGUGUGGACGGGAUCUUGGUGUCCAAUCACGGGGCGAGACAACUGGAUGGCGUGCCAGCGACUAUUGAUGCCCUGCCAGAAAUUGUUGAGGCUGUGGAAGGGAAGGUGGAAGUCUUCCUGGACGGAGGUGUAAGGAAGGGCACUGAUGUUCUCAAAGCUCUGGCCCUGGGAGCCAAGGCUGUGUUUGUGGGGAGACCCAUCAUAUGGGGCUUGGCUUUCCAGGGAGAAAAAGGUGUUCAAGAUGUCCUUGAGAUCCUGAAGGAAGAAUUCCGGCUGGCCAUGGCUCUCAGUGGGUGCCAGAAUGUGAAAGUCAUCGACAAGACAUUGAAAAAGCUAUCCAGUUUGAACACGGAGAACGUCAUCUUUCAUGGAGAUACGGCCGACAUCUGGUUCAAGAGCCCUCAGUUCCCACUCUGUGUAACAUCGUGUCCUCACAGUUGUUUGUUUCUCUCAUGGCUGGGAGAGUUCUUCCACCCUGCUACAGACUUAUGCCUGGGGCCUCUAUCGUUUGGGAUGGCUGCCAACAGAAAUCUCCAGAAUUUCCUUUGCUUAAGCUUGCUUAUAUUCUGCUACCUGGAAGAGUGUGGGUGUGAAAUAAACUUCCUUCUGACUACCGGGUUUGGGCACCCAGCUCUCAGGCCUGUAAGGGUGAAUCCAGUGGGCCUGAUGCUCCUUAGCGUGCUGUUUGCACGCUACAUCUGUAUCCUAGCUGUCUUAUUCAUUCGAUUGUUUAUCUGGCCCAAACCUUGAUGCUUGGGAAACAGCUUGAAAGGGCUGCGGUCCAUUAGGAUAGCAUGAAAGGAAGUUGUGGCUUGUUCUCAAAGAAGAAGGGAAGAGUUUUUCCCUUCUCUGUAAAAUUCAUAAUUUAUUUACAUGCACUGUGUUGCAUGUAAGUCGCAUAGCAACAAAAUAAAGUCUGGGUAUGGAAGUCUGAGGGUUUCACAUUGCAUAGAGAUGGAGGGCACACUCUGACUGUGUACUCUUUUAUAGUGUGCACCACGUCACUUGCCAGUUACAGAAAGACUGCAGGGUGGCAAUUUAUUUUAGGUAUUAUGUUAACCCAAGUGAUACAAGGCCAUUGUUAUAUGUUUAUAUGAUGGGAAACUUUCAUCCAUCCUAAAGAAUACAAUUUCCUGGCCUUAUCCAAAUCUAAGUUGUGCAAUAGGGCUUUUCUCUUUAAUUGGAUUGUCCAUAGACAGCUGAGGGAAAAGAAAAAGAUGCUUCUACAGACAAGUCAUUUCCUGUUUGCUCCACUAAGGAUAAUUGUCCCAAACUAAAUAAUGACCAGGUUCCAAUGAAAAGUUCCCAGAUUCUUCUAGUCAGGAAUUGGGGAACCCUAGAUGCAGAAAUGAGGGCUGGGGUUUCUGAAAGCCACAUUGCCUGAUUUCCCUUUCUCCUUUGAUGCAGUGUGGCUGGAGAAAAGAAUUUAGCCUAGCGCCCUGCCUGUUUUACCUAGUAGAAUCAUUUAUCUUUGGCUGAUUUGUUUUCCUUUGCAGCUAAGCCUGCGUUUGUCCCCAACAGUGGUAUUGAUGGAGUAACGGGCAGGAAGAGCUUUUGCAUCAUAUGCUACAGUUUCCUUAACACAAUCACAGCAUGAAAGCCAAGGUUAGCUUGUCAAGAAGCCCUGGAUUAGGAUAGUGAGGACCUGCGUGCCAGGUCUGUGAACCAUAAUUCAGCCUGAGGACCCCCCCCCCCUCUAAUCUCGGCUGUGAAAUGAGGACCAGUGUCUGCACAGCACAUCAGGGUGUUAUGAACACAACAGGAAGAAACAGAAGAGAAUGUGGAUUGUAAGACAAUCUUAAAAGGGAAAUAUUAUUGACAAUCACUAGUAAUAUGGGAGGUGGUUUAACAAAUGCCAAUGUGCAUUUUCUGUUUAUUUAGAACUGACUUUGCGGUAUGAAUAAUUACUUAAAAAAUUAAACAAAUCAACAGAAAAGAAUAAAAAUUAUCAAAUAUUUUAUUGCAGGAAAAUAACCUAUUUAUGUUAGGGCUACCGUCUCAGAAAUUGCUGUGUAUAUUUAAGAAAUAACAGUGGCAUGGAUAGAUAAUAGACAGGGGUGUCUUUCCUAAAACAGAGCUUUAUGCUGUGUUAUAUUUAAAUAAAAUGUUCACUUGAUUUUAGUGUGAAUUUAGUAGAAGAGAACAUGAGAUGUAAGAGGAGGGUCUUAAAAUUAAAGUGCUUCCCUUUUAAAAAGAGAUGUUAUAGCUUUCAAUUCACUCCCUGUAUAUUUUAAAAUUAUGAAAACUUAAGAGUCUGGGGUAGUUUUUAGCUUACGGCACACACAUUUCAAUUUCAGACAGCAUUUGUUGACCUACGGCUGUAAAGAGGUAAUGAGACUCUCACACCUGUUCCUCUGUUUUCUUCCAAUCUUGUGAGCAAGUUUUUACAUUGUCAUAUACUACCAAACACAUGGAUUCGUAUCAGUAAGGCCAGUCUCCCCACAGCAGCUCUUUCCCAUCUUCCCUAGGCUCUGGUCCUUCUUUGAUACACGUGGUUUUUGGAUUCACUGACUAACUGUUAACUGGAAGAGUGACAACAUCUAAUGUGCUUCUGUAUGUUUAAAAAUCUAGAGCCAUAGAUUUGUUUGUCUAUGUGUCUGGCGAUAUCACUGACCAGUAGGAUGUGAGGACAGACUGUAAGACAUGAUGUAUGUGUGAGUUGUUACCAAAGCAGGAGUAAGGAGAACAUGUGACAUGUGGUGUGAUAACAGCUUUGGAAAGCCAAGAAGGAAUGAAAAUGUAUGUGACACAGACUGAAGAAUGUUUAGCAAAGAGAACAAAGCCCUGUGAGCCAAAUAGCAAAGCAGGAUCUGGUUACAAAAUCACUCUCUAAGGAAUUCUGGCACCUACGUGGUAUCUGUAGUUUGCUUUAUCAUUUGGACAAGUAGCAUUACCCAAGUUAAGGGCAUUGUUUUGGUCCUAACAUUCACUUAUUUGUGCAUACUAUGUCAGCAGUCUUAGUAUAAACAAGCAGGCAUCUCAAUUAAGAAUUAAACCCUAGUAACAGACCAUAGCUCUCCCCAAGUCAAGAAGGCAGUUUUUAGUUUAUCUUUGACAUUUCUACUCCAAUAGUAGUUUUAUAUCCUAACUCUACCAUGGAGUUAGUUACUUAUUACUCUACGGAAAUACCCGAGAUAAUAAAUUUAGGGGAAGGGAAGAGGGAUUGGCUCCUGGCGUCAGAGAUUGCAGUCCAUAGCCAUCUAUUCCUUUGUUUUGCAUCUUGAUGAGGCAGCAUGUACCAGGAGAAGCACAAUGAAAAAGCUCAAAUCCCAACAGCUCCUUCUAAGAUGUCACAACCUCAAGUAGAUUCAUCCCUUAAAUGCUGCAUAUCCUGAUGGUGCCACAAAAUAACAAUGGAGCCUUUUACCAUAUGUGACUUCAUGGGACAUCUAGAUCGAAGGCUUAACAUAUGCAUUGAAGUUUAAACAUUAAAGAGUAAUAUGUGACAGUCUUUUGAAAAUUUCGAAAUGUGUGUUUAAAUAUGAUCUGUGUUGUGGUGUGAAUACUCCUGUUUUAAGUAGUAUUUUUAAAGCAGUAAGGAAGAAGAAAGCUUUUGAAAAAACUCCUUAUUCAUUUGACUGAACAUUGUUAAAAUUCACUGUUUUCAACAUUCCCAAAUACAUACUUGCAACAACAGCGAUGACUAUGAUCCAGUAAUACUCAAGACUGAGGCAUAAGUAAAACCUCAAUCUAUCAGAGAAAAGGGGAUAAAAUGAUUUAUUUCAUGCAACUCUUAAAUAGUCACGAUUAAGCCAGGACAGUGUAUACAAAAUCCAGAAUUAAUACAUUUGAAAGCCAGCCAUUGGAUCAGCUGGUGGAUUUGUCCACAGACCUGCAAAAACAACUGCCCACUCUCCAGUAAAUAUACCACAAGCUUGUUGUCAAGUAAACAUACUUUAAAUGAAAUCUCCAGAUUUCUCCCCAAAGCUCAUUUAAGAUAAAUGUUUCUUGGCUGAUCUUCGUUUAGGUCUGUUAACAAUUUCUUCAGGAUUAUUCGUUUGGUUUUCAACUUUUUUGCCAUCCCCUGUCCAUCUUGCAUCAGACAGGCAAAAGAUGGAGAAAAUGAUGCAUGUGUAAACAGAAAAACGGGGAAAGAAAGGCCUCUGGGAAAGCCAGAAUCUGCCCAGGUUUGUCUGGUUCUUCUUAGGCAGGUAACAGCUAGAGGGCAUAGGGCUUACAUGCCUCAAUUGCCUCUGCUUUGAAAUGGCCUCUCCAGGAACUCUGGAAGGAGAAUAUUGUCCAUCUACUAAAUAUCCUUUUAACACAUUUACACCUAAAGCUCUUCUCUGUUAUGGGUAAAUGAAGGAAACAACACACAUUUGAAAACAUUUGACUAAAGCUGGUAUAUGAUGAAUUAAUCUCAAUUACUUAUUCCCUAAUAAUUUCCCCAAACAUACACCUUCUUGAUGCUUGAGGUUCAUUAAGCUUCCUAUGAUUUUCAUCUUAUCCAGUAAAAGGAAAAUGAAAGGGGUACCAGCUACAAUGAGACGUGAAUAAGACUCACAUCAUUUAAGAAUUUAACCUCUUAUUAUUUUCAACACAUCUUAUGUUCUUGUGACCCUUGAAGGUUUUGACUGUUGGUCAGAAAUUAGACAUAAACCGAGGGUCCCUCGUAGUCUUCCUUCCCCAAUGUAAAAGUCAGUAUGGUUUCCUACUCUACAUCCAUUACAGUUGUGUUUCCUUCCGUCUAUCAUUUGGAAACAAAAGUUACAGACAUUAGAAUCUGAGAAAUGUUUAUAUUCAGACCCAGGUUGCACCACUGAAGCAGUUCAAUGAAGUAAAUAAUUAUGUUGGUCAUUAGAAAUCUCACAAUGGCAGUUACUAAAACAAUAUCCAAUUAAUAAGGGCAUUUUAGCAGUUUCACAUGGAGGAUGCCAGGAAGCCUUGGAGGGGAGUUGCAUGAAUGAUCUUUGAUUUUCUAGAGAUUGCUUUGAGGCUGUUAGAUCUCUCUCUCUCUCUGAGCAUCAGAGGGUCAUGCCUUGGUGAAUAGGGGAGUAGGAGCUGUCACCUGGGCUUUGGGGCCCUUGCUAAUGCCCUGUUAGGAUGAACUAUUCUUUGCACUGCUCUUUGUUGUUCUACUAGUUAACUUAGGAAUGGAAGUUUAUAGUCUCAUUAACUUACUAACUUUGGAACAUUAUCAGAAAGAGAGUACACAGGUAGAUACUACGUUUUGUUCACUUAUCCACCAUCGCUUCAAGCUCACACCAUAUAAAAUGCAUCUUCUGUAGGAAAUCCUAUGUGAAGGGGCCUAGAAGUCAAGUCUUGUUUCUACAAUGCUCCUUAGUUAACCUUGGGGUUAACAUGUGAUGGUAUUCCCUUUCUUACCUGUUUUUAAGUAGACUUAUGAGUAUACUUGCUUGAUGUUCUAAAUAAAAGUGAGAAGAAUACUGAGAA